CCUCUCUCUUCCUCUUUCUCUGUCUGUCCUUUACCACUGGCAAAUUCCCUGUGUCUCUUGCCUACAAUAGCGGCAGAUGUGAGCAUUACAGGACAACCUUGAAUGGCAGCAGAGCCAAAGAGAAAUGGGAUCAAAGUUCACUGACAUUCGACGGCAAUCAGAUGCGCAAUGAAAAGUUGAAGAAGAAAAUGCCUUCUCGGGUUGUGGCGGCUGAAAGAAUGAAACAAUCGGGAACUUUUGGCGGGUCUGGAGUAGUCACAUCCCUGUGACUAUGUUCAUGUGAGGGUUCGGGGAGGCUCGGUUGUGAGGCAAGACCAAUCAUUUCGCUUGAUUCCCUGGGAUGUCAACAAACGGACGGGAACCAUCAAAACCUGGUCGAUUUCCCCCCCAAACAAUUUAGAGUAUUCACGAGGUUACGCAAAUGUGGAGGCAGCAAAAUUACGGCAAUCAGUUGAAACAGCGAGGACUGAUUAUGUGUAGCUCAUUUAUCAGCCUGAUGUCUUCGUAACAAGGAAAGGGGCGCAUUGAAUUAUCAUCGAGUUUCCCGGAGACGUCCAAGAUCAUUGGGCAAGGGAGUUGGUCAGUGAUAAUAGGGUUUCCUUGGCUGGGUGGCGGAAGUCUUUCACCAUUAGAUAGCUGAUGCUACCUUGCUGCAAGGUGCUGUUUCGAAACUAAACCCACAGUGGUCAGAUGAUCUGUUGCGCUGUGUUCUCUUGAAUUUCCUUCUUUUUUUUUUUUUUUUUUUUUAAACCGGGACAAAGGAAGAAGGAAAAAGAGGCGGCCAAGCUGCAGGUCUAAGAACUGAGCAUGGAGGUCAGGUACAACCAAGAGACAGAAGCAAUGGUGCUGAAGAAUGGACUUAAGGAGGGCAAAGAUGGAAAGGACUCACAGGGCAGUUUGUCCAAAAGCUUUCUAAAGGAGCAACACGGCUCUUUUUCCUCCUCUGGGACUGUGGAAAACUGCGAGAAAAACAGGGGGAGCACCGCAGACCCGGACUACUGUCGGAGAAUACUUGUGCGAGAUGCAAAAGGCUCCAUCAGAGAGAUUAUCCUACCCAAGGGUUUGGAUUUGGACCGGCCCAAAAGAACCCGCACCUCUUUCACUGCAGAGCAACUCUACAGGUUAGAGAUGGAGUUUCAGAGGUGUCAGUAUGUUGUGGGAAGGGAGCGAACGGAAUUGGCCCGUCAGCUCAAUCUGUCCGAAACUCAGGUAAAGGUUUGGUUCCAGAACCGGCGCACAAAGCAGAAAAAGGACCAGGGGAAAGACUCAGAGCUUCGCUCAGUAGUUUCGGAAACUGCAGCGACCUGCAGUGUCCUCAGACUGUUGGAGCAGGGUCGGCUGCUCACACCCACGGGCCUACCAGGCAUCUUGCCCCACUGUGGUAGCGGCACUUUGGGCUCAACCCUGCGGCCCGCCUCCAUUAACAUGGGCAACAGUACCAGCAGCAUCGGAGGUAGCAGCGGAGCCGCUGGUGGCAGCCCAACUCUACCCGCUGUCACCAACUCCGGGACGGUGCCAGGCCUGCAGAGCUCCGCGGCGGCUCACAGCUUAUUUAGCUUCCCCAUGCCCUCCUUACUUGGCGGUGUCACCAACCGCAUGUCAUCAAACCCGCUGACCAUGGCCAGUUCAUUGGCCGGCAAUCUGCAAGAACUCUCCGCCCGCUAUCUGAGCUCUUCUGCUUUUGAACCUUACUCGCGGACCAAUGGCAAAGAAUCCAUGGACAAGAAGAUUCUGGACUGAUGCUGUGUUUUGAUGUGGAAGUAUGCUUUUUUUUCCUCUGGAAUUUUUGGGUUGUUAUUUGGCUUAAACUGUCUUUGUUUUAGUCACUGUCUCAUCUGUCUGUGUCAUCGAGUUUAGUGAUUGUCUGGUAAACGACAUACAUAUCAAGACCUCCACACACUCAUCUCGUAUCGACAGAUUUGGUUGUGGAAAUGUUGUCUGUAAAAUGUUAAUAGAGGGGUGAUUUUGAGAGGCAAUUCUUAAAGGGAUCAUUUGAAGAUCUUUCAGAUUCAGAAAACGCUCUACGGUAAUCAACUUCAAAUAUUCUUUCAAAAAGAUGGGGGCGGGGGCACAGUGCAUAGGGUUGUGACAUGACAUGACAAAAGGAGGCCAGCAUAAAAAGAUAUUUCUUGACUGUGUAAUAUUAUUUAAUGUAUUGGAUAGUUCAAACAAGACACAAGACGUGAGUAGUUGUAGAGAAAGAAGCUGUUUUGUGUAGCAAUACUGUAUGUCAGAUGACACGUGUCACAGAGUCACCUGGUUUCGAGCUGUCUUGUAUAUUCAUUUGUGAGAAACUUGGCUUCAACAAAAACAUUCAAGAGAUGUAGUGGUCAUUCAGCAGAACUGCUCAUUGUCUUCUCAAUGGUUUAUUGAAGACUGGAAUAUUUUUGUUCAGCGCGUCUGUGGUGGUUUUUGUCCUCAACUUGCAGUACCCAACCUUUACUUUUGAUCAUUUUUCUUGUCUGUGAUUUUGCUACCAUUGUGACUUUUGCUGUAUAGUCCUUUAGAAAAGCUUAGCUUUUCACCAGCAGUGUGCUGCUUGCUGUGAUGAUCACCAAAAUGGGAAAAGGUUCAUCAGCCUCAAAGAAAUCCCUUUAGCUUCUUUGUGAAAUCAGCGGCCAUUAAGGCAGACACACUUGGAGAAAGGGUGAAAUGUUUGUGCUAUAAAAAUACUGCAAAUGAGAGAUGUAUGUUUUAAAAUGGUUAUUUUAUUGUAAAUUAUUCAAUUUUGUAAUUAUUAUAUUAGUAUAUCUGGUAAAUCAAGGAUGAAUGAAUGUACUGAACGGAUUGCGUGAUCAGUUCAAAGCUAUUUAGUGCUGUGUUGUGAGGUUUGUCAAAUGUGCGGUCCAAAUGUGGAUAUAUAUAGACUGUAUAUCAUGUAUACUGUUUGGCUACAUGCUUUGCCUUGUUUCUUUUAUUCAUCUUCCCAUGAAUCAAGUUUAUUGAUACAUUCCGUGACUGUUUUAUAUAUAUCUAAUACAUGGUGGUUUGAUCAGUA